GUGAGCCGUAUGUAUUGCUUUGUUGCUGCGCGUCGCGACGCGCACGUCAUCGAUCCACCUGGUUAGAAUUGUUCGCAAAUUCGAGGAAGGAACAAUUCCGCCGCUUUCUUCUAAGUGUUAUUGCGAAAGACCAGGGUGGAAUUCGACACCACGCCGACGUCACCGGCGUUCGCCACCGGCAACGACUUGGCGGUCAGGUUAGUCCCUCGAAGAUCCGUGUCUUCGACCUCCGACGCCCGUGCGUCAUCGGUGAUAUCGGAGGCCGUCGCCGUGUCGUUAUCGACGGCGUCGUGCAGGUGAUCGACCACGGGAAGAUUGAAUUGCUCCAGCAGAUCCGCUGAUAGGUUGUGGGCGAAUAGUAGGGACGCGCCUUCGGUGCCGUUGCGAACCUGGCGACGGCUUCCGGACUCCUGUUUAUCGGCGGCCCCGAAGCGAGCGGCGAUCUUACUGAACAGGCCCGAGACCACAGCCUCCAAGACGGUCACCUUGGUCUGAUUGGCGUUGCGAUUGAUUGGGUGGCUCGGCAUAAGGACGUCCAUGCUCACGAUGACGCCUGUGCAAAAGAAAGACGAUCAAGAUGUUGCGCCUAACGACAAGGAAUCUCGGGACCGGCCCCAGUGGAACAAAGGACUGCAGUUCUUCCUCUCCUGCUUGUCCAUCUCCAUUGGACUAGGAAACGUGUGGCGAUUCCCCACGCUAGCCUACCAGAAUGGAGGAGGGGCGUUUCUUAUACCGUACUUUGUCCUUCUGUUCAUUGUUGGCAAGCCGGUAUACUUUUUGGAGCUCGCCAUUGGUCAAUUUUCCGGAAGAGGCGUGGUCCAAACGUGGGAAUGCGUGCCAGGUUUUAGAGGUAUAAGCGUCGCUCAGUUUGUGACCAGCUUCUACAUCCUGGUCGCUUACAACUACAUCAUGGCCCUGUGCCUGUUCUACCUGUUCGCUUCCAUGCAAAGUCCUCUUCCUUGGACCCACUGCGACCCACAAUGGAGCGACGAAAACUGCUUCCACCACAGCACGUUUAACGCCACUUUCAAUCGCACGGAGAAUGCCACCUCAUCGUCAGAACAGUUCUUCAGGAAUUACGCCUUGAAAGACUCCGGAGAAUUCAAGCUUCCCUCGGCCUUCGACUGGAGGAUGGCGCUCUGUCUGUUGCUAUCGUGGUUUAUUCAAGGAGGGUCCACUAUCAAGGGCGUCCACUCAAUUGGCAAGGUGGCGUACCUGACUUCGACGUUUCCGUACGUGGUUCUUCUCUUACUCCUGGUUGUCACACUGCUUCAGGAAGGAGCAGCAAAAGGUCUCGCCGCCCUCUUUGUUCCUCAAUGGAGCAAGAUACUCGAAAUACAAGUAUGGUUCAACGCAUGUGAGCAGUCCUUCUUUUCUCUCGGAAUCGGCAUGGGAGUGUUGACCAUGUAUUCCAGCUACAAUGAUUUCAAGCAUAAGGUUUCCAGGGACGCCUUCUUCAUUUCAAUCGCCGACACAGCCACAAGCCUCUUAGCUGGAGCGGUAGUUUUCUCUACCCUCGGUGCCUUGGCGCACCAGCUUGGACUGCAAGAUAUCUCCCAGGUCUUGAAAGGAACUUCAGAUUUGGGAUUGGCCUUCGUCACCUACCCGGAGGCUCUGAGCAGAAUCUCGUUCGUCCCUCAACUGUGGUCGGUGUUAUUCUUCUUCAUGCUCUUCCUUCUCGGUCUUGGAAGCGGCGUUUCAAUUAUCCAGCUCAUGGUGGCGGUUCUAGAAGACCAAUAUCCCAGGCUGCGAGAGCUUAAGGGCUGCACAGUUCUUGCAAUAUGCGCCGUGUGCUUCGGCACGGGCCUUUUCUUGUGCACCGACAACGGAAACACGAUGCGGCUUCUGUUCGAUAAUUACGGUAUCGGGCGAGCUCUGUUCCUGUACGCCAUCUUCGAAGUGGUCGGCCUCGUCUGGGUGUAUGGCUGGAAGAAUAUCUGCGGCGACAUUGGCUACAUGCUCGGUAAACCAAUAUCAUGGUAUUGGAAGAUUACGUGGGGCUUCCUCACUCCGGUGUCUUUAAUUGCCAUCUUCAUAUACGGAACCGUAACAGAGAAGUCUUCGUCCACGUUGCCUCCGAUUGGCCAGACCAUAGGCUGGAUCCUGGCAGCCGUGGCCGUUGGCCAGAUUGUGGUUUGGAUGGCAGUGGCUUUCGUCAGAGCGCCCGGGCCCGGUGCGUUCAAGAAAUUCAAGGCCACGUUCACAGCAUCCGAAAUGUUCGGACCCAGGGAUCCUGACGUGAAGCGAGACUGGUUGUCGUGGAAGGCGAGCUCACGAAAAUCUUCGCUCUAUCCUGCUGAGAGAACCGCCAGCGAACACACGAACCGUGCUUUUGAAAAGACCAGUCAACCGGGUGGCGCCAACAUGCGGAACAAGUGGGAACUUCAGGAGCUUCCACCUCCGUACCAGGAAAAGGCAAGCGAGAACGGAGUCGCUCUCGGAUUGCGUUCAACGGCCGGCGCUGAUGUGGAGGCCGCGCCCGACGCCGCACCCGACCGCAAACAAUGGAACAAAGGCAUGCAGUUUUUUCUCUCCUGCCUGUCCAUUUCCAUCGGCUUGGGCAACGUCUGGAGGUUCCCGACGCUGGCUUACCAAAACGGAGGAGGCGCCUUCUUGAUCCCUUACUUCAUCGUCCUGUUCCUAAUCGGCAAGCCCGUUUAUUUCAUGGAGCUCGCCAUCGGCCAAUUCGUGGGUAAAAGCCACGUCAAGGUCUGGAAAUGCGUGCCUGGACUCAAAGGCAUCGGCGUUGCGCAGCUCUUCUCCACGUUCUACGUAACCGUGUCCUACAACUACAUCAUGGCCCUGUGCCUCUUCUAUAUGUUCGCUUCGUUCCGAAGUUAUCUGCCUUGGUCUCGGUGCGACAGCGACUGGAGCGACGCCGCAUGUGUAGACUCAUUCAGUAACUCGGGAAACAUGUCAAAUAUCACGAACGCAUCAUCAGCUCCGGAACAAUAUUUUCAGAAUUACGUGCUCAGGGAUUCUGGAGGCUUCACUUUGCCUUCAGCGCUAGACUGGCGAAUGGCGCUGUGCUUUCUUCUAGCCUGGAUUUGCGAGGCACUGUCCACGUUCAAAGGCAUUCGUUCGGUUGGCAAGGUGGUGUACGUGACAUCGACGAUGCCAUACGUGGUGAUGAUCUCGCUGCUAAUCAUCACGUGCCUACAGGACGGCGCGCUGAACGGUAUCAAGGCGUUCUUCAUUCCGCACUGGGAAAAGAUUUGGGAGAUCGAGGUGUGGUUCAAGGCGUGUGAGCAAUCAUUUUUUUCGCUGACGACGGCGUUCGGCCAUCUCAUCAUGUACGCCAGCUACAACGACUUCAGGCACCAGGUGGGAAGGGACGCCUUCUUCAUCAGCAUUGCUGACACCAUGACGAGUAUCUUGGCAGGCUGCGUUGUGUUCGCCACGUUGGGAUCUCUUGCGUACGACCUCGGCACUGAUGACAUCUCGCAGGUGCUCAAAGGUGAAUCGGAUCUGGCUCUCGCCUUCGUGACGUACCCUGAAGCACUAAGCAGAAUAUCGUUCGUGCCUCAGCUCUGGUCCGUUCUGUUCUUCCUCAUGCUGUUCCUGCUUGGACUUGGCACAGGCGUCGGCGAUGUCCAGGCGGUAACCACGGUGCUCACCGACCAGUUUCCCGCACUCACCAAGUGGAGGAGUCACAUUGCGGUCUUCUUCUGCGCCAUCUGCUUCGGCACGGGACUCAUCCUGUGCACCGACAGCGGAAAUGCGAUGCGCCUGCUGUUUGACAACUACGGAGUUGGUCAAGCCGUGUUUCUCUACGCCAUAUUCGAAGUCGUCGGCCUGAUGUGGAUUUAUGGUAUCCGAAACGUCAUCAGGGACUUCGAGUUCAUGCUCAACGCAAGGAUAUCUUGGUUCUGGAAGAUCACUUGGGGAUUCAUCACGCCCGUGUCCCUCAUCGCCAUCUUCGUCUACGGCAACGCCAUCGAGGGAGGCGCCUCUAGUCUACCGCCGCUGGGACAAACCAUCGGCUGGGUCAUGGCUGCCAUCGCCAUCGGCCAAGUGCCCCUGUGGAUGGUGGUCACAUUCGCCAAAGCUCCCGGAACCACCAUUUGCCAGAAACUGAAGGCGACGUUCUCGCCCUCCGAGAACUACGGUCCGCGCGACCCGAUGAUUCGCAGCGAAUGGAAUGCAUGGAAGCAGGAGCAGCUGAAAGCGCGCAAGGGGCGGUUCGUAGCGCCCUCGCAAGCACCCUACGUCAUAAACGGUCAAGUCAACCCCACCUACAUCCACGACACCAGUGGUUAAUCACCAUGCACGCUCAUCAAGAAGCUUUCGAACACAGGGUUUUAGCUACGUUCUUAUUUUUACUUGCCGCAUGUGCUGGCACGUUGACGGCUUGCACUGCUACCGAAUCACAAAUGCCGUCGCAUUGGGACAAAACGUAAGCCUAUCCGGCAGCAAACACUUGCUCUCUGAAUUUGGUACGUGCCAGAGCUUGGACUUCAAAACCGAUGACUUUUUAUCGUCCUCUACGGGGAACGUGAUCAUCAUCGGAGUUUAUUUUGUAAUGAUGCGCGCUGUUGCCAUUCUUCUGUCUAGAAAGAAUGCACCAGCAUUACGCUGAUUGUGUCAAAAUGGAAGGUAGACGCGAAAUGACGGCUCCGCUGCAAGAGCCCAAGCGAUAGGUCGUCUACUGGUCUUACGGGAUGCCUUCACCUUUCUCAGCGCCGAAGAUGGAAGUGACGUGUUGCUGAAGUGACGUGAUCUAUGAAGUGGCCUGUGUACUGUACUGUCGGCCAUGUGCAGUGUGACGCGACAGUGGCAACUGCAACGAGUUUCUGUGAUAAAAAAAAUGCAUUGCGAACGGUUGUCAUAGAACAGCGAACGUCAGACUGUACUGCCGUUACACGUCAAUAGACCAUUCAUUCUUAAAUAUCGGAAAGAAACAAUAAAAUAUUU